AUGCGGUUCUCUCUUCUUGCUCAGCUUGCCUUUGGCCUGAUAGCUGUUUCGGCCGCGUCUCUUCCACAAGAGGGUGCCUUCUGCCAGACUCCUCGGGGAUUUGGUAAAUGCCAGACAUCCGAUCAAUGCAACGGAUACUCAGACUGGUCAGAAAACAUCAUAUAUAUAAUAUUGAACGGCCGCUGCUGCGUCACCCACAUCACGCCAGCCAAACGCAACGACGAGUGCGCUUCUCCCGCAAAGGACACCUGCAGCUUCUACGAGAACUGUCUGGAAGCGAAGGUGCCGUGUGGGCCAGACGGCUACGCCCUCGCGUACGGAGACCACUACUGCAACAAGUUCUCAGAAGCAAGCCACGAUCUGUCGGAGAAGGGUCAAGCAUGGGUCACCGAGACGAUGCUGUGCCUGCAGCAGAAGCUGGUUCCCUUCGGGACGGGCCAGGAACAAACGACCUGCCCUGCCAUCAGGGAGUUCGCCUUUGCUACUCAUCCGGACUGCUACAUCAAGGGCGGAGUCUGUCUUCUCCCGCCAACGGACUGGGUGGUUAUCGUAGGCACCGUCGGUCUACUGGAGCUGUUUGACAGCGUCGACGCCCUGGUGGCUACGCUCAAGACUGUCGGGGGCUGUCUGGAGUUCUAUAUCUGGCUCAUCAAGAACCACUUCAUCGGCCAGUCCAAGCUGUGGGAUGUCACUGACAGGUUGGCCAUCGCCCCAGAGUAA